CUCCCAAACCUAACAUAUCCGACAUGGAUAUGGGCGGAGGUGGAGCUGAAGAAACUAGGCAGAACUCCUCAAAAAGAUCCAGAGAUUUGUGAGAAUCGGUCUUGGCAGAGCUGCUGCUGGACUGAAGAGUCAGUCAGGAUGGAGUAUUUGUUGAGCUGGAGGUGCACGACCUUCAUCAUCCUAAUGAUGGGUCUUCAUCUGGUCACCAUGUCCUCUGCCCAGGAGUGUCCGUCCACCAUUGAUUUGCUGAACUCAUUAAGGCAGGUGGAGAAGAUGUUGGUGGUGCAUGAAGCAUCCUACCAGCACGGUCUGCGUGCCCUCAGGAAGAAGAUCGGCGCUCUUCACAACAGCACCAUGGCCAUCUUUAACUCUGGCAGAAACGCAACCUGUCCCAAACCUGAGGCCCCCCCCCAUGGACGCCGACUGGGCAGGGUGUUCGGCAUCGGACACGAGGUGCACUUUCUGUGCAAACCCGGCUAUGAGCUGAUCGGGCCGAGGACCCGAGCAUGUCUGGAGUCCUUGAAGUGGAGCGGGCAGCCACCCAUGUGCAGACGCCUCAACGGCAGCAACAGCUCCAUGGCCUCCUUCUCCUCAGCUGCCCUGUCAGCUUCUUCCCUCCCCACCCACUCUUCUGCAUCUGCCACAGCCCCCCCUCCUGCCUCCAUCCGACCGUCUCACUGCACCCACUUCCUGGGCUCCACCCGCUGCACCUGUGAUGUAGGCUUCACCAUCUCAGGCCGCGACAACAACGUCUGCACAGAUAUCGACGAGUGCAGUCUUUUUCCUCUGGGUCAGCCCGGCCGUCUCUGCGUCCAUCAGUGCGUCAACACUCCCGGCAGCUUUCACUGCGUCUGUCCGGCCGGCUACAGCCUGGCCCGGGACGCUCGCAGCUGCAGCGACAUCGACGAGUGUGAAAACGGGAUGCACAACUGCCCAGCUGAGCAGACGUGUGUGAACACCUUUGGGGGGUUCCAGUGUGUGACGGUGGAGUGUCCUCACAUGAAAAAUGCCACAUACAUCAAAACAUCUCCCAUGCGCUGUGAGAGGAACCCCUGCGUGGUGGCGGACGCUGCCUGCACUCAAGCUCCAAACUCCAUCACCUUCCACUUCCUUGCAAUGGUUUCCAACAUGUCUGCCCCUCGUGACCUCUUUCGGGUUUCUGCGGCGCGCGUGCUGGGCGACACGCUGCGCUUUGGCUUGGCGGGGGGCCACGGGCGGGGCUACUUCAGCGUGCAGCGCACAGGCCGGCAAACUGGCACCCUCCUCCUGGUCAGGUCCAUCAAAGGCCCUGCCGCCCUGGAGGCUGAGGUGGAGAUGAGCGAGCUCCAGCAGGGCACCCUGCUGGGCCGAUACGUCACCAAAGUCUCCCUGCUCGUCUCUGCUUACGACUUCUAGCGGGGGGGGUCCGCGCGUCAGCGUGGCUGCCGACGACAGGCCUCAGAAAACACUUGAAGGAACUGAACACUUAGGGGAAAACAUGCAGGGCCUUCACUUGUUUUCUGCUUUUUAUGCUCACGUUUCAUGCCUUUGUGUCUCAGUAGAUCUCAUUAAAUAACUGAUUUAUUUUGUAAGUGAUUCGUGUAAAACAACACAAACUCAUAAAACUUUACAUUAAUUUAAUAAAAUCAACUGAGUUUAUUCCCUCCAACAAUCCCUCGCCGUUUUUAGCUUUGUGUCCAUUUACUCUCUGAGAUUCUGAACACAAGACGAAAGGUCAA